GCAUACAAUGAUGAUAUUAGUGUUAUUUAUUUAUUUAUUACUCCAUUUUUUUAAACCUAUGAAAUUGGAAUAAAAGUUACAAUGAUCAACGAAUACAUUAUCAUCAACAAAUUUUUUUUAUAAGAAAAAAAAAAAAUCAAAGAAAAGAUAGUACUCCGUACUAGUGUUGAAAAGAUAAGUAUUGGAAGUUUGAAUGGUAAAUAAUUUUCAAACGGUAAAAAUUCAACGCACCUAUACUCUAUACACGUUGAUUCCCAAAGAUUGAGUCAAAUUAGUCAAUAACAAUAUUAAUUACCCCCACAUUAUUAUUAACUUCUCCCACGUCCCUUAAUAUCCUCUCUUUUUAUUAUUCUAACCGUUUCAUUCCCUUUUAACCCUCCUAUAUAUAUAACCUUUACUAGCCCACCUAUUUUUCAUUAAUAUUCAUAUUUUCAUUCUUAUUAUUCCUCAAAAAACUUUGAUAUUUUUACUGAGUUAAAUUAUUAAAAAUGAUGAAGGUUAAUAUGGGAUUUGCUUCACUAAUCAUGAUUAGUGUGAUAAUUGGGAUGCAAUUAGGUGUUGUGGAUUGUUUUAAGAGUUUUGAAGUAGGUGGUAAUCUUACUUGGCGUGUUCCUGAUGGAAAUGAUACUGAUUUCUUUCAUCAUUGGGCUUCUUCUCAACGAUUUCAUAUUGGAGAUUCUCUACAUUUUCAAUACAAGAAUGAUUCAGUUCUAAUAGUAGACAGAUAUGGCUACUAUCACUGUAACAAAACCAACACCACUGGUACUUACACCGACGGCAACACCGUGAUUAAGCUCGAACGUCCAGGAUACUUCUACUUCAUUAGUGGGAAUGAAGAGCAUUGCAAAAAAGGGCAACGAUUGACCGUUGAUGUCAUUUCUCCACAUUCACCUCCACCUGGUUCGCACGGUCAGCCAGCCAAGGCUCCUGCACCCUCAGUCGAGUCACCUACACCAACAGUCGAGUCACCUGCACCAACAGCCGAUUCUCCAGCACCAACGGCCAAUCCUAACUCGGUUUCUCAACUUCAAGUUUCGGCUCUUGUAGGGCUAGUUGCUACUUCUUUGUUCUUUGUUUGAUAAUAUGCAAUGAGGAAAUUAAAUGUAGGGAGAUUGGAACCAUUUUUAAAUUGUAUGUUACUUUGAAAAAAAAAUAUUAUGCUUGUUGCAUUGCUAGUAUUCUAGUAUUGCUAUUGUGUAGCUAAAUAUGAACUUAUGAUUUUUCUUGGUAUGUUUUAGGGUUUAUAUUGUUGAUUAAUUAAACACAUUCAAAUAUUUUAUAAUGUUAGUUUUGCAUUUGG